UUUUUGCAGGCGCCGCAGCCGCCAUCCACGCCGAAAGGCAGCAGCGGGUCCCGGGGAAAUACACCCGCAAACCCUCGGCAUCCCGAGCCCUGCUCCGGAUCCAGGAGCAGGAAAAAGAGGAGCAGGAAAAAAAAAAGAGGAGCAGGAAAAAGAGGAGCAGGGAAAAGAGGAGCAGCAGCAGCAGCCAAGAGGAGAAAAAGGGAGAAAAAGGACUGGCCCGAACAGCAGCAGCCAAAAGGAGAAAAAGGACUGGCCCGGCCACCCCGGCGGAGCUCAUUAUCGUUAUCAUCAUCAUCAUCAUCAUUAUCAUCAUCAUCAUCACCCUCAUUUUUCCCUCCCGCGGCAGGCGGGAAGGGAACCCCCUCCGUGCCACCCCCCGCAUGAGGACGGGAGUCAAAUAGACGUCGGUGGGAUCGAAGGGGGAAGACCGUGCCCAUCGUUGUUGUUGUUGUUGUUGUUCUCCUCCUUCCCGGGGGUCCAUUUCGCCGGCCCAGAAGUAAACAUGGCGAGCGACUCCCCGGCUCGCAGCCUCGAUGAGAUCGAUCUCUCGGCCCUGAGGGACCCUGCAGGGAUCUUUGAACUGGUGGAACUUGUUGGAAAUGGAACAUAUGGACAAGUCUAUAAGGGUCGCCAUGUUAAAACAGGACAGCUUGCUGCUAUUAAGGUUAUGGAUGUCACUGGGGAUGAAGAGGAAGAAAUCAAGCAAGAAAUUAACAUGUUGAAGAAAUAUUCUCAUCACCGAAAUAUAGCUACAUACUAUGGAGCGUUCAUUAAAAAGAAUCCACCAGGAAUGGAUGAUCAGCUCUGGCUGGUGAUGGAGUUCUGCGGGGCCGGCUCCGUUACUGAUCUGAUCAAGAACACAAAAGGCAACACUUUGAAGGAGGAAUGGAUCGCCUACAUCUGCCGGGAGAUUUUACGGGGACUGAGUCACCUGCAUCAGCAUAAAGUGAUUCACCGAGACAUUAAAGGGCAGAACGUCUUACUGACAGAAAAUGCAGAAGUGAAAUUAGUGGAUUUUGGAGUCAGCGCCCAAUUAGACAGAACAGUGGGCAGAAGAAAUACAUUCAUUGGAACGCCUUAUUGGAUGGCACCUGAAGUUAUUGCCUGUGAUGAAAAUCCCGACGCCACGUACGAUUUCAAGAGUGAUCUGUGGUCGUUGGGAAUCACCGCGAUUGAGAUGGCAGAAGGCGCCCCCCCUCUUUGUGAUAUGCACCCCAUGAGAGCCCUGUUUCUCAUCCCCAGAAACCCGGCCCCAAGGUUGAAGUCUAAGAAAUGGUCUAAAAAAUUCCAGUCUUUCAUUGAAAGCUGCUUGGUGAAGAAUCACAGUCAGAGGCCUACAACUGAACAACUGAUGAAGCAUCCGUUCAUCAGAGACCAGCCUAAUGAGAGACAGGUCCGCAUCCAGCUCAAGGACCAUAUUGACAGAACAAAGAAGAAGCGAGGGGAGAAAGAUGAGACAGAGUAUGAAUACAGUGGAAGUGAAGAAGAGGAAGAGGAAAAUGACUCGGGAGAACCCAGCUCUAUCCUGAACUUGCCGGGGGAGUCAACACUGAGGCGCGACUUCCUGCGACUCCAGCUGGCCAACAAGGAGCGGUCCGAGGCCCUGCGACGGCAGCAGCUCGAACAGCAGCAGCGGGAGAAUGAGGAGCACAAGAGGCAGCUGCUGGCUGAGCGACAGAAGCGCAUCGAAGAGCAAAAGGAGCAACGGAGGAGGCUAGAGGAGCAGCAAAGGAGGGAGAAGGAAAUUCGAAAGCAACAAGAGCGAGAGCAGCGGCGGCAUUAUGAGGAACAGAUGCGACGAGAGGAAGAGAGGAGACGGGCCGAGCACGAACAGGAGUACAUCAGGCGACAGUUAGAGGAGGAACAGAGACAGUUAGAGAUCUUGCAGCAGCAGUUACUGCAGGAACAAGCACUCCUUCUGGAAUAUAAACGCAAACAAUUAGAAGAGCAGAGGCAAGCAGAAAGACUACAGAGACAGCUCCAGCAGGAGCGAGACUACCUGGUCUCCCUUCAGCAGCAACAGCAGCAGCAACGGCAAGACCAGAGGCCAGCCGAGAAGAAACCACUCUACCAUUAUAAAGAAGGGAUGAAUCCCAGUGAGAAGCCAGCCUGGGCCAAGGAGGUGGAAGAACGGUCCAGGCUGAACCGUCAGAGCUCCCCGGCCAUGCCACACAAGGUCGCCAACAGGAUAUCCGACCCCAACCUGCCGCCUAGGUCGGAGUCCUUUAGCAUCAGCGGGGUGCACCCGGCUCGGACACCCCCCAUGCUGAGACCGGUGGACACCCAGAUUCCACACCUGGUAUCCGUGAAAUCCCAAGGACCGGCCUUGUCUGCCUCUCAGUCAGUCCACGAGCAGCCCACAAAGGGAAUAGCAGGGUUCCAGGAAGCUCUGACAGUGACGUCUCACCGUGCUGAGAUGCCACGACAGAACUCGGAUCCCACCUCCGAAAACCCUCCUCUCCCCCCUCGCGUUGAAAAGUUUGACCGAAGUUCUUGGUUACGACAGGAGGAAGACAUCCCACCAAAGGUGCCUCAACGAACAACUUCCAUAUCCCCAGCUUUAGCAAGGAAGAACUCCCCGGGAAAUGGCAGUGCCUUGGGAACGAGGCUAGGAUCACAGCCCAUCAGAGCAAGCAACCCUGACUUGAGGAGGACGGAGCCCAUCCUGGAGAGCCCCUUGCAGAGGACGAGCAGCUCUUCCAGCUCCAGCACGCCCAGCUCUCAGCCCAGCUCCCAAGGCGGCUCCCAGCCGGGCUCGCAGGCCGGCUCCAGCGAGAGGAACCGAGUCAGAGCAGGCAAUACCAAACCUGAAGGAUCACCUGUGCUCUCCCACGAGCCCUCCAAAGGGAAACCGGAAGAGACCAGGGACAUUACCCGACCUAGUCGACCUGCUAGCUAUAAGAAAGCUAUAGAUGAGGACCUGACUGCGUUAGCCAAAGAAUUAAGAGAACUGCGGAUCGAAGAGCCCAACCGGCCCCUGAAGAAGGUGACUGAUUACUCUUCCUCCAGUGAGGAGUCAGAAAGUAGCGAGGAAGAAGAAGAAGAUGCAGAAAAUGAGGCCCACGAUGGGACGGUGCCUGUCAGCGAUAUCCCCCGGCUCAUACCCACGGGAAUUCCAGGAAGCAAUGAGCCGUACGGUAUGGGGAUGGUUGGAAGUCAUGGGCUGGAGACCUCGCACGCGGAUACAUUUAACAGCAUUUCAAGAGAAGGGACUUUAAUGAUAAGGGAGACCCCGGGAGAGAAGAAGCGCUCUGGCCACGCCGACAGCAACGGCUUCGCGGGACACAUCAACCUCCCCGAUCUCGUGCAGCAGAGCCACUCCCCGGCGGGGACCCCCACUGAGCCCCUGGGGAGGGUCUCAGCGCAUUCCCAAGACAUGGAUUCGGUGGCUGAAUAUGGCAUUGGGAGCAGUACCAAAGCAUCCUUUACUCCAUUCGUUGACCCCAGAGUGUACCAGACGUCACCGACUGAUGACGAUGAUGACGACGACGAGGAAUCAUCUGCUACGGCUCUGUUUACCAGUGAACUACUGAGGCAAGAACAGGCCAAACUGAACGAAGCCAGAAAAAUCUCAGUAGUAAAUGUGAAUCCGACCAAUAUCCGACCUCACAGCGACACCCCAGAGAUUAGGAAAUACAAGAAGCGCUUCAAUUCAGAAAUACUCUGUGCUGCUCUGUGGGGGGUAAACCUGCUCGUGGGAACCGAAAACGGACUAAUGCUUUUGGACCGGAGUGGCCAAGGGAAGGUGUACAACCUAAUUAACAGGAGAAGGUUCCAGCAGAUGGAUGUUCUGGAGGGACUCAAUGUCCUGGUGACAAUAUCAGGAAAGAAGAAUAAACUACGAGUUUACUACCUUUCGUGGUUAAGAAAUAGGAUAUUACACAAUGAUCCCGAAGUGGAAAAGAAACAAGGUUGGAUCACGGUUGGGGACCUGGAAGGCUGCAUACAUUACAAAGUUGUGAAAUAUGAAAGGAUCAAGUUCUUGGUGAUUGCUUUAAAGAACGCUGUAGAAAUAUAUGCUUGGGCUCCUAAACCAUAUCACAAGUUUAUGGCCUUUAAGUCUUUUGCAGAUCUCCAACACAAGCCACUGCUUGUUGAUCUCACAGUUGAAGAAGGUCAAAGAUUAAAGGUGAUUUUUGGAUCACACACGGGUUUCCAUGUGAUUGAUGUAGAUUCAGGAAACUCUUAUGACAUCUACAUACCGUCUCAUAUUCAGGGCAAUAUCACUCCUCAUGCUAUUGUCAUCUUGCCUAAAACGGAUGGAAUGGAAAUGCUUGUGUGCUACGAAGAUGAGGGGGUGUAUGUAAACACCUAUGGCCGAAUAACUAAAGAUGUGGUGCUUCAGUGGGGAGAAAUGCCCACCUCUGUGGCCUACAUUCAUUCCAAUCAAAUAAUGGGCUGGGGAGAGAAAGCUAUUGAGAUCCGUUCAGUGGAAACAGGACAUUUGGAUGGAGUAUUUAUGCAUAAGCGAGCUCAAAGGUUAAAGUUUCUAUGUGAAAGAAAUGAUAAGGUGUUUUUUGCAUCCGUGCGAUCGGGAGGAAGUAGCCAAGUGUUUUUCAUGACCCUCAACAGAAAUUCCAUGAUGAACUGGUAACGGAAGAGCACUUGGCACUUAUCUUCGUGGCGUUAUUUCUAAUUUAAAAGAACAAGUACCCAUGUGGACUCAAGCCAGUCUAGAGGCAGAUUCGGAAGGCUCGAGGAAUACACUGCUUUUCCCCUCCCGCCGUCAAAUACAGUACAUCCUUCAUUGCCGCAGCCUGGUUGAGAAAGAGAGAGCGAGAAAGAGAAACGAAUUUCCCGGAGACCCCUAAGAAUGCUGUGUUGGUUGUCUUCGGACAAAGAACGAACCCACGAACUUGGAAGUCAGAGUUGUGAGCCCUGAGUGGUCUUCUGAUUAAGCUGUGUAAUAGUGGGUUUUGAAUUUUUCUGGUUUUUUUUUUCCUUUCCUUGUCCCUUACCUUGUAAGACUGGAGAAGAAAAUAACGUCAAGAAAACAAGUCUGUCUUUAAUUCUGUCUGCCUGCUAGCGUUAAGUACACAGUAUGUUGUAAAAUUGCCACUUUCCAAUGGCGAGAGACAGCACAAUAAAUGUACCUUUUAUCUUUCCCUGAAGGCCAUAACUGUAUAGCUGGGUAAUUUUCAAAAUCUUUUGCCUUCACCCACAUGCAAGUUGCAUUUUGACAGCAACUGGUUAAUGAAUUUUUAAAAGAGAAAAAAAAAUAUUAGUUUUCCCCUCUUUUGGGAAAUAGAUUAUAAAUGGCUAAACUACUAGCCUUAGACUAAUAAAAUCAACUACCAUUUCUGUCAGUCUUGUCGGUCCAUAUUGGGAUGCGGACCUUAACGUGAUGGUUUUGUGUCGAUGGGGAUAGUAGUGCCAUUUGGUUGAAUCGCUCUGGAGUUGGAGUCUUUAGCCUACCUUCCUCACAGUCCUAUUACGCAGCAGGUCAGGGCAAAAGAGUGGGAUGGCAGGUGGGUUUCAGAGAAAUGAAGGAUCGCUGCCGUGGCCAACAGAGCUAUAAUAUGUAGAAUAAGGCACAAAGCCACCUGGGUCAAAGAGGUUCUUUGUCGUAGGCCUUUAUUACGCCUGGACCUUUCGGUAUGCUCAGCUUCUGCCCCCCGUGGAUUGAGACGGCGAUUGUCCGGACUUCGGUCGGUCUUGCCUGUCCCCUGAGGGUGCUCCGCGCUAGAGGAGAAAACUGUGAUUUAAAAACGCAACUAAGGAGAAAGCUUUUGAGAUGCCCGCGUCCUCCGUGUUGGCGACAGGGGCCACUAGACUCCAAAGCCAACCCGAGGUCCAACGGGCAUCGGGGGCUCAGAAUGGACAGAACUUGGAUGCCAGGGUUUUGACCAAAGUUCUGAGACUAAACAUUUUACCUUCCUCCAAAUUACCCAACAUACAGUCAACAACAUCUGUGCAGAAAUAUCUGUGUAUUUAGUUCAGGUUGAAUUGUGUCCUUAUAAACUCUUGCUCAGAUGAUUUGAAAUUUAAGUGAGUGUCUGGGAAUUAUUUUUUCAAUAGCUACAAGCAUGGCUGCCUGUGGUAUUAAGAUGUUGCAUAACGGUAUCUGUGUUGCGCUUCCUGUUUUUAACCUACCUCGUUUUGUUUUGUUUUUGUUUCUCUGUUCAUCACAGCAGUGUUACCUCCAGGAGACAUAUAGAGAGCUCAACUGGCAAUCUCAGGUGUAUUCAGUCAUUACAAAAACAAAAACAGUAGUUGCUCCAAUUACUAUCCUUUGAUAAUUCCAAAAAAAAUAAAAAAUCGAUGUGGUGGCUUGUUCCCAGGAUACUGUGCAGCUAUAGUAAUGGAUUGUGGAAUCCAUUAUUCUGCUGAUAUUUGCUUAAAAUAAUAGAAAUUGAGCAGCUGGGUGUGCUAUUAAUGAGAACAAAACACAAAUCAGGAAUGCAGAGCAAAUGCAAAAUGGUGAUUUGGGGGAAAACACUCUAGUUUCAAUCUGACAUUAAGUACUAUAAAGGUGGCUUAGUCAUUUGCAUUUUACUGAACAGGUAAUUGUUAAGGAAUUGAACGAAGGAUUAUCUCUGAGUGAUCAGAGGUGUCCUAGUGGUGAUCUAAUUGCAAAAAAUCAAUCAAAUUUUCCUGUUCUCAUUUUUACUGCUGUAGUUGUUCUGUUGGAUAAUAGUCUAUUUUCAAAUUCAGUGCAACCGAUUCAGCAAUAAACUUUAUGAUUGAACCUAACAGCUACUGUAAUUGUUGAACGGUGAACAAAAAAUGGAAUCUCAUCACUGAAUGAGAUUGCCACCUGCUCUUUAUAUUGCUGCUGUGGCAGAUGAAAUCAGAAGCUUCUUGAAUUAUGUUGCCAACUGAUAAGCGUUUUGGAUUUUUUUUUUCCCAAGUGACAGAACACACAGCUUUAAAUGAUUUUUUAUUCUGGGUUUUGGGGUACAGUUAAGAAAUAAAAGGGAAUCAUUGUGUUUAACCAUAAGGUAGUUUGUGAAUGUAUUUUUUAAAACCUAGAUUCAUUGAAACAAAACCAUAAGGAAACAAUAUUAAUGCAGUCUUGUUUACAGUAUGUACAUUAACAUAACAUAGGACAUAAGCAUUUCUGGUGCCAACAACAAUAAAACACAAAAAUUAAACAUCAA